AGUUUUAAUACAUCUGCUUCAGAUUUGCAUUAUAGAUAUCCAGUAAUUUAUGCUGAAAUGCUACAAAUAAUUAGUAUGCUAGAGAAGAAAAAAUUAUCCAAAAACAUGUUAAGUGUUAUUUGUUACGCUAUUCAAAUUGAAGGUAGCGCUGAUCGUACAAAAAAAGAUAAUAAAUUUAUUACUGCAAGAUACAUAGCAAAAGACAAUCCGACAGAAAUGGUUACAAUAUUCUUAGGUGUUGUAUCACCCGACAAUUAUAGAGCAAAAGGUCUGUUAACUGCUAUAACAAUUAUUUUAAAACAAUUUAGUAUUUCUAUAGAAAACUUAGUUAUGGUAACUACUGAUGGGGAAGCUGCUAAUACAGGGAAGAACUCUGGUUAA